AUCUCUCUCUCUCUCUCUCUCUCUCUUUCGUUCUCUGCAAUUCGAAGGUUUCGUUUGGGAUCUUUGUCUGCUUCACUUUUCUGUUUGUUUUUGUAUGGCAGUAAGCUCUUUGGCUCAUGAGGUAUCCGACCUCUGUCUUGGGAAGCCGGCGUUGAGGUCACUUUCGAUCUCUGCUACCGUCGGCGAAGCUUUAUCGGCGCUGAAGAGAUCUGAUGAUAGCUAUCUGAGCGUUUGGAGCUGUGAUCACACGUCUAAGGAGAAAACAGAUUUCGAUGACUGUCGGUGCGUAGGCAAGAUUUGCAUGGUGGAUGUUAUUUGCUAUCUCUGCGAGGCAAAGAACCUCUCAUGUCCAUCGUCUGCGCUUAAAUCCUCUGUUUCUGUGCUUCUUCCGAAGACUCCUGGUCUCGUGAGGCAUGUGGAGCCGCACUCAAGCUUACUAGACGCGAUCGAUCUCAUCCUUGAAGGGGCUCAGAACAUCGUCGUUCCAAUACAGAGCAGUUCAAGAAAAAAGCAUCUCCACAAAAGCUCUUUCGGUCCUACACUCCACAACGGCCGUGAAUUCUGCUGGAUCACACAGGAAGACGUAGUCCGAUUCCUCCUGGGUUCCAUUGGCCUCUUCUCCCCAAUCCCUGCUUUGUCCAUCGAAUCCCUCGGCAUUGUCGGCACUGAAAUCCUCUCUGUCAACUACCAUGUACCGGCGAUCUCCGCCGUCGAAUCCAUCGCUCGCUCCCUUACUCGUCUAAUCUCUGUCGCAGUUGUCGACGACUCAGGGAAACUAAUCGGGGAGAUCUCUCCCUUCACUCUUGCAAGCUGCGACGAGACUGUUGCAGCGGCGAUUGCAACACUCUCCGCCGGCGAUCUUAUGGCUUACAUCGACUGCGGGGGUCCGCCGGAAGAUUUGGUCAGAGUGGUGAAGGCAAGGCUAAAAGAGAGGAAUCUAGAAGGGAUGUUGGAGUUAAUGGAGGAAUUCAGUUCUUGUUCCUCAUCUUCGGAUGAAGAGUACUUUUCGUCGCCUACGGAACCGUUACGGGGUCGGGUCAGUAGGUCCCGAUCAGGUAGUUACUCGGCGAGGAUUAUGAGGAGAUCGGAAGCGAUCGUGUGUCAGCCAAGGAGUUCAUUAGUGGCCGUGAUGAUACAGGCGCUGGCGCACCGCGUUAGUUACGUGUGGGUUAUCGAAGACGACUAUAGCUUGGCUGGAAUUGUUACUUUCCCAGAUAUUUUGAAGGUUUUCCGGGAACAUUUGAAGUGGUCCUAGUGAUGAACAAAAUCUGAGAAUUUAAAAUUACGAUUUCCAAAAAAAA